AGCAUAGCAACAGUAUUAUUUAUCUAUGUGAAAACACAAACGCCAAUUUUCCCAGUUAGCUGUUACCUCAAUGUUCUCGUUAUACUGGAUCGUUCGGAUUCAGUCAAAGGUGGAUUUAAUAAAAGUCGAAAUUUUGUCGUUAAUGUUUCAGAAGAACUCGACAUUGGGCCAAGUACACAUAGGGUAGCAUUGAUCGUAUAUUCUGGACUCAGUUAUCGUCGUGAAGUAUUCAAGUGGAAUUUUGCUAAAAGCAAUGAUGAAUUUAAAAAAAUUGUGCUUGGAUUACGUGCUAUCGGUGGUACAACAAAUACAAAGAAAGCGUUAGAACUUGGACUUGAAUUGAUGGACUCCCGUAACAAGUCAAUUCCUACCCUUAUAAUGGUUGUUACGGAUGGCCGAAGUGCAGAUGAUCCGAAAAUUCCAGCUCAACAGUUACAGCAAAUUCCGAAUACAUGGGUUUUUGCGGCAGCAACCGGAAAUCCGGAAGCUGUUGACAAGAAAGAAUUACUUCAAAUAACUGGUAGCAUCAAUCAUGUUAUUUUACAAAGUGGUCAAGAAUUAGCUGCUGAUAUUACGCGUAAAUUACUUCGACAAGCACAGGAAAAGUGUCGCACAACAACGACAACAACAACAACGACCACAACAGCCACAACAACUACCACAACCACAACCAAUCCAAUUUCAGGUUGUGAACAAGAUGUAGUACUUGUUAUGGAUUUAUCAACAACAACAAAUCCUAUUUACCGGAAAUAUAUAGAGAUGGCUGAAGAACUGGUCAACAGCCUUGUAAUUGGCCGGCGAUUUAGUCGAAUAGCACUAAUAACAUUUAGCUCAGUGGGUAAAUCAAGGACACAAUUUAAUUUGGACAGGUAUUUCGAUGGAAAAGAUAUCGUAACUGCAAUUCGAAGAUUAGAAUCCUCAGGUGGUACAACUGCUAUCGGUGAGGGAAUUCGACUUGGAACUGAACAGAAGGACAAGCAACAUGGCGGUCGACCAGUCGAGAUCGCAAAAAAGAUUAUGCUUGUAUUCACGGAUGGAUGGAGUAAUAAAGGACCGGAUGUUGAAGAAAUGACUCGUAAUGCUAAAGGAGCCGGAUUUACUCUCUAUACCAUAGUUUAUGAGGGUAAUGGACGAGUUGAUGCGAAUAGUCCUGGAUUAAAUCUUUACACCAUUGAAACGAUGGUCGAUGAUCACAAGCACGUUUAUAGUGAGCGUAAUUUUACGCAACUUAUUCAGGAACUUAGACAACGUAACCUACCAUGUAUAUAAGAUUAUGUUACCGAUGUUCUCGACUCAUUUAUUACUUUUUUUUUUUCUUAAUUUUGAC